AUGAGUAAACCACAUUCAGAUCGUUAUACUACCAGAGCGGUGGGUACUCCAGACUCGUUGGAAUAUCGGUUAUAUUUCGAGAGUAAUGGAUCAACCCUUUCGAUCUGGCACGACGUACCGUUGUAUGGUGAUGAUGACAAACAGGUCUUGAACAUGGUGGUAGAAAUACCUCGGUGGUCCAACGCCAAGUUCGAGAUUUCCAGGAAUGAAGCCUUCAACCCGAUAAAGCAGGACAUUAAGGAUGGCAAAGCCCGCUUCGUACGAAACCUGUUUCCUUAUAAAGGCUAUAUCUGGAACUAUGGUGCUCUUCCAGGAACUUGGGAAGACCCCUCCCACGUACAUCCAGAUACCAAGCACCCCGGUGACAACGAUCCUCUUGAUGCCCUUGAAAUCGGCGAACGGAUCGCCUACACUGGCCAGAUCAAGCGUGUCAAGGUUCUUGGAGUAAUGGCUCUUCUGGACGAAGGUGCGACAGACUGGAAAAUCGUCGUUAUCGAUAUCAACGAUCCUUGUGCAAGCAAAUUAAACAGCAUCACAGAUGUACAACAGCAUUUUCCGGGUCUCCUGGAGGCAACCCGGGAAUGGUUCAAGUUCUACAAGGUUCCCGACGGGAAGAAGCCCAAUACGCUCGCCUUGAAUGAAGAGUUUCGAGAUCAAGAUUAUGCCAUGUCAAUAGUCCAGGAAUGCGAAAAAGCAUGGGAAAAGCUGAUCAACGGCGAGGCGUUUGCAGAGGAGAUAAGUGUGGUCAGGGGAGACAAAAGCCACAGAUUGUUGGAUUCCGGCAAUUCUCUAGGUGUCGAUGGACAUCAAUCGGCAGACGAAAACUUGGAUAAAUGGUUCUUUUUACCGAAGUAA